AGAAAUGGCGGCGACUCAGACGGCGGUGGCAGCUGCCGCUGCGGGGGGCACCGGUGGGCAGAGCGGCGGUGGAGGAGGAGGGACCGGGCAAGGUGGUGGAGGUGGCGGCGGAGGAGGGAGUGCUGUGAACCCUGUCUGCCCGGGCUCGUUGUCUAUGUUCCCCAGCUUCCCCAAUGGACCUCACUGGAGCACGGGGACCCUGUACCAGCACACGGUGAGGAGCCUGGACCGGGCCCUGGAGGAGGCGGUCACCUCCGGCAUCCUCAACCUGAGCGGCCGUAAGCUGAGGGAGUUCCCGGGCACCGGCUAUGAUCUGACGGACACCACACAAGCAGACCUAUCCAAAAACCGGUUUACAGAGAUCCCUCUGGAUGUCUGCCUGUUCGCACCGCUUGAAACCUUAAAUUUAUAUCACAACUGCAUCAAGUGCAUUCCAGAGACCAUAAAAAAUCUCCAGAUGUUAACUUACUUAAAUAUCAGUCGAAAUCUUUUAUCAACGUUGCCAAAAUAUCUCUUCGACUUGCCAUUGAAAGUUUUGGUUGUCAGUAAUAAUAAAUUAGUUUCCAUUCCUGAAGAGGUUGGAAAAUUAAAAGACUUGAUGGAACUGGAUGUCAGCUGCAAUGAAAUCCAGGUUCUUCCACCUCAAGUAGGAAAGCUCCAUUCACUUAGGGAAAUAAAUUUGAGAAGGAAUAAUCUCCAAGUCCUACCAGAUGAGCUGUCGUCUCUUCCACUGGUAAAGCUGGACUUCUCGUGUAAUAAGAUUACAGAAAUCCCAGUAAGCUACAGGAAGCUCCGGCAGCUUGAAGUAUUAAUAUUGGAUAAUAAUCCUAUGCAAAUGCCUCCAGCACAGAUUUGCCUAAAAGGAAAAGUUCACAUAUUUAAGUUCCUGAAUAUUCACGCUUGCUGCCGGACAGAGAAAAAGCCAGAUUCUCUUGACUUGCCGUCACUUGUGAAAAGACUCCCUUCUCAGCCUCUCACAGACAGUAUUGAAGACUUUUACCCAAGUAAAAACCAUGGCCCUGACUCUGGGAUUGGCAGUGACAAUGGAGAUAAACGUCUGUCAACAACUGAACCUUCAGACGACGACACAAUCAGCCUUCACUCUCAGGUAUCAGAAUCAAGAGACCAGGCACUGAAAAACGACAAUCACUUACUAGGGAGUAAACUGGACUCUCAUAAAGGUCACGAUCAGGAGAUUUAUGACUAUGACCCCAGCGCUGAGGAUCCUGCUUUGUCUGAUCAUGGCGAUGUGCAGCUUACUGGGCCCUUUGUUUCUUAUAUUAAGGAAAGAGGGAAACUAAAUGAUAAAUCAGAGAAAGUUGAAGAGAAUGAAGAAUGGGAAGAAGAACAAAGGCUUCAGAAGGAGCAGUUAUUAGAAGAGGAAGAAGAGGAUGAAAUAAAGGAAGUAACAGACCUGAGGAAAAUAGCAGCACAGUUAUUACAGCAAGAAAAGCACAACAGACGGAGGCCCUUAAGUUAUAGGACUUCAUUCAGUGAAAAGCUCUUCCAGAGGAGCAGAGCUGCUGGACGAGCAUCAAGGUAUCGCAUUUACUUAGGUAGCUGUUCGGGGGAUCAUUCACAAUUGUCACCAUGUAACUGGCAGGACGGGGAGAAGGUGCGGAUCAAUGAACAAGGGUGGCCAUCCGCAGAGUGUGCAGUAUGGCAAGCGGAGGAGAGGCGGCGAUCCAAGCAGACUAGGAAAGAGUACUUUAAGUACAAAUCCUCUCGGAAGUGUUCAAGCGGGAAUGACAAUGAUGAGCAAAACAGUGAUAGUGCAAAUGUGUCACCCUCAUCUCCUGUAUCAUCAGAGGAUUGUGAAAGGUCACAUAGUAAUUCACCAACACCGUUUGGAUUAAAGCCUAGAUCUGCUUUUAGUCGCACUUCUCGGCAAGACUAUAGUUCAUUAGAUCCAGGUUUCACAAUGAGAAGAAAAAUGGAGCAUUUAAGAGAAGAGAGAGAGCAGAUAAAGCAGCUCCGAAAUAAUCUGGAGUCCAGGCUGAAGGUUAUUCUGCCAGAAGAUAUUGGAGGAGCACUCAUGGAUGGAGUAGUAUUAUGUCAUCUUGCCAAUCAUAUACGACCUCGUUCAGUUGCAAGUAUUCAUGUCCCAUCACCAGCAGUGCCUAAGCUCAGCAUGGCAAAAUGCAGGCGUAAUGUAGAAAACUUUCUGGAGGCCUGUAAGAAGCUUGGAGUCCCACAAGACAGGCUGUGUUUACCCCAUCAUAUCUUAGAAGAGAGGGGGCUGGUGAAAGUUGGUGUCACAGUACAAGCACUAUUAGAACUUCCCUUACUGAGAACUUCCCAACUUUCUUCAGUGUGAAUUGCCAUGAAAGCCUAC